AUGGCCGGCAACUGGAACCAAAACCCACCACUCCCGCCACGCCCACAAUCAUACCAGGGGCCUUACCCCCAACAACAACAACCACCACCACCGCCACAACCAUACUACAACCCUCAACAAUACAACCCCCAACCCUACCCGCCCCCAAACCAACAACAGCAACAAUACGGCUACCAACAAACCUACCAACCCGCCCCGCAACACCAACCCCCCCAAACCUUCCACUCCGCAACAAUCUACCCCUUCGUUCAAGCAGGCCACCGCCAAAUGUCCCUCCUCGCCCCAGACCGUUCCCACACCCUCUUCACCCUCGUCUACCCCUCCACUUUCACCACCUCCCCGCGCCUAGCCAUCUACUUCGGUGAUCACAGCAAAGAUCCGAACACCCCCGAGCUAGGCGGCGCUCAGUUCCAUUCUUUUACUACGGAUAAAGUGGAUGCGUGGGUGAAUUUACCUGGCGGAGGGGGGAAAUGGGAGUGGCGGUUUAAGAAGACGUUUGUUAGUCAAAGUGGGUUGGGUGGCGGGGCACCAGGAGGGAAUGGGAAUGGGAACGGGUAUGCGGCGACGCGGAAGAUGAAGUGGGGGUUGGAGGAUAAGACGGUGGUGUUGAAGGUGGAUGAUGGGAGUGAAGGUGGAGGGUUUUUUAGUCUAUAUGGGAGUUCGCAGGCGGGUAGCGGGCCGGCCUUGGCACGGUUUGUGUCGAGUAAGGGGGUGGAUAUGGGGUUGACAAGGAAGAGGGAGGAGGGGCAGUUGGAGGUGAUUCAGCCCGGGGGAUUGGGCGAGGGGCAGUUUUGGGAGGUGGUGGUGACGUUGUUUGCUGAGAUGGAGAGGAGGAGGAUGGCGAAUGAGGAGAUUAAGGUUGCGGGUCAGAUUGCGGGGGAUUUUUAG